AUGGCAAGCAAGGAACAAAAACCGUUCUUUUUAAGAGGUGGCAUAGCGGGCUCGGCAUCUCGGCAGCAGUAUUUAACACCAGAUGACGUCACAAAUCAAGGCCGUUUCUUGCUCAAUAGUUUCCUCCAUGACAGAUUGCAAAGGGAUGGAUUUGAAAAUGUCCCAGGAUUGGACCAGUUGCAAGAACCUGGGACACCAAAAGGUCCACCCAUGGAGCACGUACGAGAGAUAGCCAGGGCCCUGAAAUGUAUUGGUGACGAUUUAGACAGGGAUCAGAAGUUACAAGAGCUAGUUACUAAAGUGCCACCAGAAGCAGAAAGACAGACAUUGUUGAAUGUGGCAUCUCGCAUAUUCGAGGAUGGAAUCUUCAACUGGGGACGAGUGGUAGCUCUUUUCUAUUUUGCAUACAAAGUUUGUGUGAAGGCACUUGAUAGAAUACCAUUGAUCAGAGCUGUUAUUAAUCUGAUUGUUGAGUUCAUGAGGGAUCGUGUGGUGCAGUGGAUUUUGGAGCGAGGUGGAUGGGAAGCAAUUCGUGAGUACUUUGGUAGCUCUGGAAAACAGUUUGCCCUUGUGAUUGGAGCUGGAGUGGCUGCCUGUGCAGGAGUUCUGCUCUACAGGAACUACUUGUGUUGA